UGGGCACUUGUACCUUCCGUGGCGCGCUCCGCCUGGACUCAGAGUUUGUUGUGCGUGCGCGCGCGUGUGCAUGUGCUCUCUCGCUACUGCGUGUACAGGCGCAUAAAGCAGCACAGAAAGGCACACUGUGAUGUGGGACCCAGGUCUACAAAGGGAGCAGCGACUUUUGCCGAUGUACCAAUCUACACAGCUCCGUCAGUUCAGGGUGACCCCUUACCUAUGAGCUGAGUACGGACGCGUCGCACCGAGAGGAUCCCGAGGCCUACGCGCCACACCCGGUGGCCGCAGACAUGAGCGACAUCGCGGAAAGCCUGGACACUCGCGACCUGGAUGUUGGAGAUGUGGAAGAGUUCGAGGGGCACGAGGCAAACCACGCAGAGGAGACGUGGAUCCCCUUCUCCGCAGUGUACGGUACCAAGGGCUUCCGGGAGGCGGAUGCCACGGUUUACCUCGCCACCUUGCCCAUCGCAGCCAAAAUCAUGGAAGUAGAACGUUUCACAUGUGCUCAAGACCGCUUCAGGGACCGCAUCAGCUACCACCGAAGCAUAACUAAGGCACUUCCCGCCGUCUUUCGAAUUGAACUACGACACGGGAACUUCACCUGGAUCGUGAAGCGGAAGGAGAAGCACUUUUUGGAGCUCCACCGGGAGUUGUUGCGCUACAAGGCUUUCCUGAGGAUCCCUCUGCCCUCCCGCCGUCACACGGUGCAGAGGAAAUCAUUCAAGCGGGGCGAGGCACGUCAGAUGCCCAGCCUUCCACGUGCCAGGUCCGAUGAGCUGGCGAGAGAAGAGCAACUGUCCAGUAGGAGGAAACAACUGGAAGACUAUCUGAAUAACUUGCUAAAAAUGCCUGUGUAUAGAAAGUACCAUGCUACAAUGGAGUUUAUUGACGUUAGCCAGAUGUCCUUCGUUCAUGACCUGGGACCAAAAGGCUUGGAGGGGAUGGUGUACAAACGGUCCGGUGGUCACCGUAUCCCAGGGAUUAACUGCUGUGGCCACAGCAGAGUGUGCUACCACUGGUCCAAGCGGUGGCUAGUUGUCAAAGACUCCUUUCUGCUGUACAUGAAGCCCGACACAGGGGCCAUCUCUUUCGUACUGCUAGUGGACAAGGAGUUCACCAUAAAAAUGGACUCCAAAGACACUGAGACCAAGCACGGUGUACGGAUUGACAGCCUAUCCAGGACGUUGGUUCUGAAGUGCAUCAGCUAUCGGCAAGCGCGAUGGUGGGGCCAGGCCAUUGAGGAGUUUGUGCGCAAGCAUGGUUGGGCCUUCCUUCGAGACCAUCGCUUUGGCUCCUUUGCCAAGGAGGAAGACAACAUCCUGGCCAAGUGGUACGUGAAUGGAAAGACCUACAUGGAGGAUGUUGCUGAUGCUCUGGAGGCAGCCAAGGAGGAGAUCUUCAUCACAGACUGGUGGCUGAGCCCAGAGAUCUUCUUGAAGAGACCUGUUGUGGAAGGGAACCGCUGGAGACUGGACUGCGUUCUUAAGCGCAAGGCGCAACAGGGCGUGAAGAUUUUUGUGAUGCUGUACAAGGAAGUGGAGCUCGCCUUGGGUAUCAACAGCGAAUACAGCAAGCGGACCCUGAUGCACCUUCAUCCCAACAUCAAGGUGAUGCGGCAUCCUGACCACGUCUCCUCCAGCGUGUACCUCUGGGCACACCAUGAGAAAAUUGUCGUUGUUGACCAAUCGGUGGCCUUCGUGGGUGGGAUCGACCUGGCGUAUGGGCGGUGGGACGACAGGGAGCACCGGCUGACGGACGUGGGGAGCGUGACCCGUGCUGCGGCCGUUGACCAAGAAAAGUCCCAUAUGGCAAAUAGUCCACAAGGUGCCUCUGGCCUUCACGGCCCCCCUACCAAUGGGAAGAGCCCUCGAUCGCCCGACAGUGAAGAUCUGCCCAAGCUGAAGGGGGCGGCCCACACCCGGAGGGCCCGUUUCAGCCUCUACAGACACCUGCACAGACGGCACCUGUCUGACAGCAUCAGCAGCGUAGACAGCACAGAGGACAAGACAGGGUCCCUGCGGAGCCUGCAGACGGGUGUAGGUGAGCUGAUGGGGGACACGCGCUUCUGGCAUGGCAAGGACUACUGCAACUUUGUCUACAAGGACUGGAUCCAACUGGAGAAACCAUUUGAUGACUUCAUAGAUAGAUACACCACUCCCAGAAUGCCCUGGCAUGACAUUGCCUCUGUGGUCCAUGGGAAGGCUGCUCGAGAUGUGGCCAGACACUUCAUCCAGCGCUGGAACUUCACUAAGAUCAUGAAGCCCAAGUACAGAUCUCUCUCGUACCCUUUCCUCCUGCCCAAGUCACACGCCACUGCCAACGAACUGAGGUACCAGGUGCCAGACUGCAUCAACACCAAAGUGCAGAUUCUGCGAUCUGCUGCAGACUGGUCGGCUGGCAUCAAGUACCAUGAGGAGUCCAUCCACAAUGCGUACAUCCAGGUGAUAGCCAAGAGCAAACAUUUCAUCUACAUCGAGAACCAGUUUUUCAUAAGCUGUGCGGACAACAAACAAGUGCACAACAAGAUAGGGGACGCCAUCAUAGAGAGGAUCAUCAGAGCGUACAAAGAGAACAGGAAGUAUCGCGUCUAUGUCGUGACGCCGUUGUUGCCUGGGUUCGAAGGAGACAUCAACACCGGUGGAGGCAACGCCAUCCAAGCUGUCAUGCAUUUUAAUUACAGAACUAUGAUCAGAGGUGAUUACUCCAUCAUUUCACAGCUAAAGAAAGAGAUGGGGGACCAGUGGAUCAACUACAUCUCUUUUGCGGGCCUGAGGACCCAUACGGAACUGGAGGGCAGGCUGGUGACUGAGCUCAUCUACGUGCACAGCAAGAUGCUCAUCGCUGACGACAACACUGUCAUCAUUGGCUCCGCCAACAUCAACGACCGAAGCAUGCUGGGAAAGCGGGACAGCGAGGUGGCAGUCAUUGUGGAGGACAAGGAGACGGUUGCCUCGGUGAUGGAUGGCCAGGAGUACCAGGCAGGGAAGUUUGGCCUGCAGUUGCGGCUCGAGUGUUUCCGGACAAUCCUCGGCGCCUUCACGGACCCCACCAUUGAUGUGACGGAUCCUAUCAGUGACCAUUUUUACAAGGAGGUGUGGAUGGUCAUUUCUGCAAGGAACGCCACCAUUUAUGAAAAGGUGUUUCGCUGCUUGCCGUCCAGUGACGUGCGCAACAGAGCGGAGAUGGAGAGCUUCCUGUCCAAAUCCGGCCUGGACAAAGCGGACCCGGCUCGGGCCCGCGAGGAGCUGAAGAAGAUCCGUGGCUUUCUCAUCCAGUUUCCCCUUUACUUCCUGAGUGAGCAGAACCUCAUGCCCCCUGUUGGAUCUAAGGAAGCCAUGGUUCCCACAGAGGUCUGGACCUGAGGUCCGGAAAGAUUCGGAACCACAGUCGGUACCGGGGUUCUCCCGCUGCGCUAUGCAAGACGAGCACCAGACAUUAUUGAGCCACUGAGCUGAAGUCCAGAACAUGAUGGUGACUUCAAGACAAGCGCAGAAGCAGCAGUUAAAUUGUUCUCUAUAAGCCAGGACUUCAAAAUAAUCAAGCCUGGGAAUGAUAUUUUUCUACAUCUCUUCAACUUUACACUCAAAGGAAUUUUUUUAUUUUUUUUUUAGCAGUUGCUGGUAACAGUUGUACAGAGGUAAAUUCACAUCCCAGGUGUUGUUAUGUGCUUAAGUAAAUAGCAGAGCAAAAAAAAUAUUUCCCCAUAAUAUUCCCUUUAAAAAAAUGACAUGGCUCUUUCAAAGUCUUGUGUAUGACGUGGAAAGGAUCAUAGAUGUUGCCCCGAACUCUCCGAAGAGCCCGAUCGUACAGACGAUCGAAAGCCGCGCUCUAGAUAUUACACACCUAGCGGGUAGGAUGCGUCAAAGGAAGAGCGAGUCGCACCGCUCUGCCUCAGCGUUCCCCUUAGGGGCAAGAGAAUAUAAAGCUGGGGAAAAGCACGUCGGCUCUCCUGCUCUCCGCUCACGUCUACACAGCUGAAGCGCUGCUGUCUGGUGAAGAAAACUGACAGGCUGAGGCUGCUGGACUGAGGAAUGCGGUGAAGAACGGAUCCUCCGUCAGCGACGUCGCGGUACGCGUCCGUCGGAUUUCUCCUGCGCCGCCUCUGCUGGACUGACAGGGGGCAGCCCCGUGCCACGUUUCGUCCUGCGGGACGGCGUCCGGGGCUCCUUCGUUCGAGCGGCCUCCUCCCGACCUCGGCCGAUCGGCUCGCGCAGCUCUGCAUUUUUGCACAAGCCACUCGAAGUGACACAUGCGCAUCCUUCUCUGUGCACCUUACGCUGAAAAGCUACAAAUAGUACUUAAACGUGUACUACAAUGUAAUUUAUAUUAACAUUAAAAGGAUUUCUAA